AAAGCAUAUAUCUUGUCAUUCUUUACGAAUUCAAAUCUUGCAUUCUCUCUCUCUCUCUCUCUCUCUCUCUCUUCUCUCUCUUUCUCAAACUCUGAUCUUUACGGUGUCCCUGCUAAAACGCUCCGUUCAGUUUUUCCCUUCAACAUUCUUGAUUCAAAUCCUAUGGAGACCCCAUCAUCAAUCAGAAGAGUCACAAGGUCACAGGCUUUGGCUGUUUCGAAAAACGACAACAACAUUCCCAUCUCAAGGAAGAUGGACGAUUCUUCUGAAAAGGGUCUCUCGAAAUCAAGGCAAAGAAGUGUUAAACAACAGCAAGAUCGGUCUGCGUUGAUUGACAUAACGAAUGAUUCUCCGAUUGUUGGGCUUGCAAUGGGGAGCUUGGAGACCCCAUCAUCAGACAUAACCAAACAGAGGAGCAGUAGAGCCAAGAACAACAACACGCCGGGGUCCGGAGAGGCCUUGCUUAGGGGUCAAGUCAAGACCCUCUUGCAGAGAGUGGAAGAAGAGGCCGAGCUUUCGAAGCUCUCUCUCGAAAGCCGUCCUUUUCUUCAAGCGUUUGUCAAUUCUCCAUCAGGACUUCUUGCCCCAACCCCUGCCAACACACCCCAUAUCUCGAAUUUGUCAGCAGACAACAACAGCGGUUUGGUUUCCACAUUGACUUCUCCGAUUGUCGAAGAACAAUUGAUUUCGCAGCUGAUCGGAAAUAUAUUCGAUGGAAAGAAGCAAGAGAGUCUUGAAUCUGAAAAGAGUCUGCUUACCAGGUCUUUACUGCUGGAUUUCACUGAGAAAUCUGAGAGUCCUGAUUCAUCAGAAUGCUCAUCCGUGGUCACUUACCAAGGAGUAGGAGGAGGAAGUGAUUUGAAAGAGAAGUCAGCCACAGAUGAUGAUGAUGCCUCUCUCUGGUCUAUCCAGGUUAAUGCAAGUAGUACCCAUGAUGAAGAUGAGGAAGAAGUAAUUGAAGAAGAAGAGGAAUAUGAAGACUAUUAUGAUGAAGACGAAGAAGAAAUCAAAGGAGUGGAGGAAGAUGGAGGUUUGGUUGAUGAACUGUGUGAGGGUAUUAGCAAUAUUUUUGUGAAUGAGAAGAGAGCAGCUCCCAAGUUUGCUGGAAAGCACACAAGGUAUGUGUACAACAGUGAUGAUGAGCUUGUUGGAGAAGAAGUGGAGUGUGCACAACAGAGUGAGGAUGUUGCUGCUGGUGUUUCACCAAGUAUCGUGCGCAUGAAGGGCUUGCCCACCCCAGAAGGGAAGCAUGUGCGUUUUCCUUUGGAGGAGGAAGAUAACUGAAGUCAUAUUCUGACAAUGGAUGGUUGUCUUUCUUGACACCAUCUCAGGGGGGCUGUGUCACACUUGAUUAGAUCUUUUUGUAUCUCAAAGAAAAAAAAUUCAUCUUUUUGUUUUGGAUUCUUUUAGUGGUUGGGGGAAAUGACAGAAGCUCAUAUGACCACAAAUGCUGUGGUCGAAUGUUCAAAUAAUACAUUGAUUGAAUGAA